GAGCUCUAAAUUGCUGUGUCUGAGGCUGAGGAGAGCAAGAUGGUUUUGGAAAUGCUGAAUCCAAUGCACUAUAAUGUCACUGGCAUGGUGCCAGAAGUCAUGCUUGUCGGCACCAUGCCGAUUCUGCUGCUCAUGGGCCUUCUUCUCUUGAUUUGGAAUUAUGAGAACACAUCUUCAAUACCAGGUCCUGGCUACUGUAUGGGAAUUGGGCCCCUCAUUUCCCAUGGUAGAUUCCUGUGGAUGGGGAUUGGCAGUGCCUGCAACUACUACAACAAGAUGUAUGGAGAAUUCAUGAGAGUCUGGAUAGGUGGAGAAGAAACACUCAUUAUCAGCAAGUCCUCAAGUAUGUUCCAUGUAAUGAAGCACAGUCACUACAUCUCCCGAUUUGGCAGCAAACUUGGGUUGCAGUGCAUUGGUAUGCAUGAGAAUGGCAUCAUAUUUAACAAUAAUCCAGACCUCUGGAGAGCAGUACGACCUUUUUUUAUGAAAGCUUUAACAGGCCCUGGCCUUGUUCGCAUGGUGGCAGUUUGUGCUGAAUCCAUCAUAAGGCACCUGGACAGACUGGAGGAGGUCACCAAUAUGUCGGGCUACAUUGACGUGUUGACCCUCAUGCGGCGCAUCAUGCUGGACACCUCUAAUAUGCUUUUCUUGGGGAUUCCCUUGGACGAAAGUGCCAUGGUGGAUAAAAUCCAGGGUUAUUUUGAUGCAUGGCAGGCUCUCCUUCUCAAGCCAAACAUCUUCUUUAAGAUUUCUUGGCUAUACAAAAAAUAUGAAAAGCCUGUCAAGGAUUUGAAAGAUGCCAUAAAUAUUUUGGUAGAAGAAAAAAGGCAAAAGGUUUCCACAGCAGAGAAACUAGAAGACUGUAUGGAUUUUGCCACUGAAUUGAUUUUUGCUGAGAAACGUGGAGAUCUGACAAGAGAGAAUGUGAACCAGUGCGUAUUGGAAAUGCUGAUUGCAGCACCUGACACUAUGUCUGUCACUGUGUACUUCAUGCUGUUCCUCAUUGCAAAUCACCCUAAAGUUGAAGAGGCAAUAAUGAAGGAAAUACAGACUGUUGUUGGUGAGAGAGAGAUAAAGAUUGACGAUGUGCAAAAACUAAAAGUGAUGGAAAACUUCAUUUACGAGAGCCUGCGGUACCAGCCCGUCGUGGACUUGGUCAUGCGCAAAGCCUUACAAGAUGAUGUGAUUGAUGGCUACCCAGUGAAAAAGGGAACUAACAUUAUUCUAAAUAUUGGAAGAAUGCAUCGACUCGAGUUUUUCCCCAAGCCUAACGAAUUUACUCUUGAAAAUUUUGAGAAGAAUGUUCCUUACAGGUAUUUUCAGCCAUUUGGCUUUGGGCCCCGCAGCUGUGCAGGAAAGUACAUUGCCAUGGUGAUGAUGAAAGUUGUCCUGGUUACACUUCUGAGGCGAUUCCAUGUGAAGACACUGCAAGGAAAGUGUGUUGAAAACAUACAGAAGAAAAAUGACUUGUCCUUGCACCCAGAUGAAACAAGCGACCUGCUAGAAAUGAUUUUUACCCCAAGAAAUUCAGACAAGUGCCUCAAACACUAAAGAAGGUUGUUCAGUGACUACUCUGGAGCAUUUCUCAUCAGUAGCUCACAU